AUGGCUAAAGUUGGGAAGGUCGACCACAAGGUUAAGGUUUACUUGUAUAAUACCGGACAUGAUAAGUGGGCAAGAUGUCAUGCACCAACAAACAGAGGGAGGAUGAAGACAUCGAAUAUUGCUGAAUAUAUCAAUGGUGUAUAUGAGCGUCAACUUCAUCUCUUGAAAUUUCUAAAAGAAGCAAGAAUACUUUUUGGAGAGUGGAAUUGCAAGAAUAGAGAGAUAGCUUCACAUACAAAGACUACAUUGGUUAGAAGCUUGACUGGUGAAUGGUUGGCUAGGUUAAGGCUUUAUCCGAGUAAGUAUACUCUGUAUAUGAAGAUGGUUGAAGUUUUAAAGAGCAAAUACAUAAAAGAUAUGGGGUCAUAUAGUUCUGAUUGUUACAAGCCUGCAACAAUCGUGAAGACAUAUGAAGUACCAAUAAAUUGA